AAUGGGAAAUCAAAAUCCACAAGGUUUUAAUCCAUUCAAUCCAAAUCAGGGUAGAGGAAAUAAUCAAGAUAAUAAUAAUAAUUAAAAUAAAGAUUAACAGAAAAAACCACCUCCUCCACCCUAAAGAGUUGGAAGGAAAAAGCUUAGAAAAGGUGUUGAAUAAGCAUCCAAAUUACCAGCAGGUAUUUAUCAUAUAAAUUGUUAUAGCAACACCAAUUGCUAAGUGUAGAUUAAAAUUAUUGAAAAAUGAAAGAAUUAAAGAUUAUUUACUAUUAGAAUAAGAAUUUAUUGAAAAUUAAUAAAGAUUAAAGCCAUUAAAAGAAUAAGAUUAAGCUGAAUCAGAAGAGUAGAAAAAGAUAGAAUAACUCAGAGGAACCCCAAUGAUGUAAUAAUAUUUAAUUAUAUCAAAGUGUUGGAACAUUAGAAGAAUUUGUAAAUGAAAAUCAUGCUAUUGUAUCGUCCUCAGUUGGUCCAGAAAGUUAUUCAGGAAUUAUGAGUUUUGUUGACAAAGAUUAAUUAGAGCCAGGUUGUUCUGUUCUUUUGAAUUAAAGAUGUAAAUUAAUCUUUGAUUUAUUAAAAUAGCUUAUGCAGUUGUUGGUAUAAUGCAAGAUGAAAUUGAUCCACUUCUUAAUGUAAUGAAAGUUGAUAAAGCUCCACUUGAAUCUUAUGCUGAUAUUGGUGGUCUUGAAUAAUAGAUUUAAGAAAUUAAAGAAGCUGUUGAACUUCCAUUGACUCAUCCUGAAAUCUAUGAAGAUAUGGGAAUAAAACCACCAAAAGGAGUUAUUUUAUAUGGAGAACCAGGAACUGGAAAGACACUUUUGGCUAAGGCUGUUGCUAAUGAAACUUCGGCAACAUUCUUAAGAGUUGUUGGAUCAGAAUUGAUAUAAAAAUAUCAAGGAGAUGGUCCUAAAUUAGUUAGAGAAUUAUUUAGAGUUGCAGAAGAACAUGCUCCUAGUAUAGUUUUCAUUGAUGAAAUUGAUGCUGUUGGUACUAAAAGAUAUGAUUCACAUUCUGGUGGUGAAAAAGAAAUUUAAAGAACAAUGCUUGAAUUAUUAAAUUAAUUAGAUGGUUUUGAUUCAAGAGCAGAUGUUAAAGUUAUACUUGCCACAAAUAAGAUUGAAUCUCUUGAUCCAGCAUUGAUUAGACCUGGACGUAUUGAUAGAAAAAUAGAAUUUCCAUUACCUGAUGUAAAAAAUAAAAAGAAAAUAUUUUAAAUCCAUACUAGUAAAAUGAAUCUAGGAGAGGUUUCUUAUUUUAAUUAUUAUAUUUAGGAUGCAAACUUAGAUGAAUUUAUUAAUGCUAAAGAUGAAUUAUCUGGAGCUGAUAUUAAAGCUAUGUGUACAGAAGCAGGUUUACUAGCUCUUAGAGAAAGAAGAAUGAAAAUAAAAUAAGAAGAUUUAAGAAAAGCUAAAGAAAAGAUUUUAUAUUUGAAAAAAGGAAAUAUUCCAGAGGGUCUCUAUAUUUGAG